AUGAUUUUAAAAGAUUUUCUUUGGGCAGUGCUGCAGAUUCAUUCUGCACUUGGACAACGAGUGGAACAAGAGAGACUUUAUCCAACAGUCAAAGUGCCUGUAAAUGGCGGCAGCAGUUAUAUUGUCCCUCUAAAUACCGAAAACCUCGACACUGAUUAUUCAAAUCAAGUCUCAUUUGAUCAAAAUAGAGCAUCACCGAUUCCAGUGGGCCCUCCAAGCCCCGUUGUAGUCACUUGCCCCGUUUUGGAUCUUGAAAAUCUUCAAGAAGACGAUGAAGAGUUCCAAAUUAUUCCAGCUUUCAAAACAUUCGAUCGGGGCUCAAUCAUUCCAGUCAAGAUUAAAACGUCAAAUACGAUGUUCAAACAGUUUUUCGUCCAAGUAAAAGAUGGCGAAACUGGCCAACCUUUCGGCGAUUUCGGAGUUGCUUCUACAGAUCCUUUCAACUGUGACAAAUCGAAGCCGAAUCAAAUGGACACAUUCCGAAUUGAAAACUACGAAGGCGACGCUAUUGAUGUCACGUGGAAGCCGUUAUCUGCUCCUAAUGAUUUACCAGCCACGGUCAUCUUAACUGGUUCUUUCAAGUCAGCAGGUGGUGCUUACAAGGAAAUAAAAUCAGCAACGCUAAAAAGGCGAGCAGAUGUGAGUCUAAGAGAAUGCUGCGAACUUGAGUUCCCGAAAAGCCUGCACAAUGGCGACUGUGCUAGAAUGUGUGAGAAGACAAGCAUUGUGGAUGCUCUUUCGAGUGCUCUUGAAUAUUGUAAAAGCGAAAUUUACAAGCUCCAGAGAUGCUAUCAUACAGAAUCAUUCGUAAAUACGGAAGAUACGGACCCGAUAGAAGUCUCCAAGCUUAUUGCCAGAAGUGAUAUGGAAAGAAAAGAUUGCUGCGAGAGUGAUUCGGUGACUCAAGAUUGUCUUGGGCUUUGCGACGGAGCUCAAACCCUUUUUUGGAAGAAGCAGUACAAUCAAUGCUCAAGCGUCAACAGACAAAUUUAUUCUUGCUGGUCAAGAACAACCUGCGUGGGACGAUGCGAACAGAAUCCAAGAAAUGAUCAUAAAUGUCAGUGUGAUCUGGACUGUAUGAUGCGAGGGGAUUGCUGUAUCGAUAUGCCAUUUGCAUGCAAAGUUGACUUGCCCGUCAAGAUUUCCUAUUGGCCAUCCCAGUCACUUUCCUGCACAAAAACAAUCAAUUUUGCCCACUAUCAACGACCAAAAGGAGUUCAUCAGAUGGAAGCUCUUAUUGUCGACCCGAAGAAACCAAGCCCUUACGUGGCUCUCGGACUCGAGGGCUUUGUUGGAAAACUAAAGACAUUCUUCAAUGUGAAAAUUGACGGCGCUUAUAGAUUCUACUUCAUGCUCGGGUCGAAGGACUUUGGACAGGUUCUCGUUGAUGGCGUCAAAGUUGCCGAUCUGAUUUGCUCGGCCACUGCGAAGCCUUUUCAGGUUGAUCUUCUCAUGCCGUUCGGAGGCCACUCGCUUGAAAUAAUCUUUGCUCACACUGCCGGCGCUCAUCAACUCAAAGUAGCCUAUGAAGGACCAGAUACUAUGAUGCGGCCUUCCAAAAUUCCUGUCGUAAAAGAAUCAGACAUAUUGGAAAUGGGUCUGCCUGCUGAAAUCGCAACUACUACAGCUGCCGUCCUUCCGACGCGGCCAGGCGCUGUUCUCGAGAAAUCAACAACGACUACAAAAGCUUCUAUUGGCUGGAAGAAUCCAAAUGUUCCUUCGGUUCAGCCAAAAACUCGUCGACCAGCACCAACGAGGGCCCCUCAAACUGCACGACCACUUCCGAAAAGCUCAGACGAACAAACUAAACCUGAGAGAUUUGAUAUUCGCAUUAUAGUUGGGCUAAGUCUUGGUGUUUUUGUUGGAAUCGUCGCUAUUGGACUCAUAUUUAAAUACCUCAAAGACUGUGUCCAAAUGUCUUCAUUUAAUCAGUAUGUCACUUCAACGGCAGAUUAUAUCGACCCACCAGAGAGAAGAUUGAUAGAAAUCGAAGACGAGGACUUAGAAGAUACGAAAAUAGAGAGGAAGCUGGACAAAUGCAGAAAGUAUCUGAUGAUUGGUCUUGCUUUGGUGGGAGUUUUGUAUUAUAUUGCUUACGAGUUUGAUGGGUUAGAAUCGGAGACAUCCAUGACUGACGCAGCUAUAUCUUGGGUCCAGAUCUCACAGAACUCCGGCCCCAGUCGUCCAGCUAUGGUUGCUCCUGAUCCCUACAAACUUCCUCCACCGAAUGAAUAUGAUCCAGCAAGACAUGAUUUUCCGAAAGCUUACAUUAUCGGCGCUCCUCGGUGCGGCUGUCAUGUCCUCCGGCAGUACAUGGAACAUCACCCGCAGAUGUUCUUCACCGAAGAGCAGAACUUACACUUCUGGGACGAGAAAUAUUCUCAGGGCGUGGAUUGGUACAAGGAGCAAAUUCCGGCAGUAAAGCCUUGGCAAAUCUCCGUCGACUACACGAGUGAGUACUUGAUCCAGCCACAAGUGCCACAAAGAAUGAUUGAUGAGCUCCCAAAUAACCAGACGAGGAUAAUUAUGAUGGUUUGUGACCCAAUCGAGCGCGCCGAACUCGAGUUUUUCGAAAUCUACAACAAUUUGGACACGAAUCAUGCUGAUUGGAAGGCAAAAUUGGACGCUGUCGGCGACAUUGUGACCGAUUUUCCAAGUUUCGCCGAUCUCUACACGAAAUUCCUCUCCGCCAUCAGAGACAAUCCUUCAGAAAUAUCAAAAUACGGCGUUACGGAUUUUGAGGAACUCAUCGAAAAUAUAAGAACCAUCCGCCCAGAAACCUCAAUCCUGACCACAUCUCUCUUCGAUAUCCAUAUUCGCCGCUGGCUGCGAGUUUUCGACCGCGGGAAUAUUCUUAUCAUGGAUGGAAGGCAGCUUCAGACAGCGCCAAUUGUGGCUGUCAGACGUGUUCAAAAUUUCUUGAGAAUCGAAGAUGCAAUUCCGUCAAAAGCAUUUAGUUUCAAUGCGACAGCGGGACUCUUUUGCAUCGACACAAGUCAAUUUUCUGAUUUGAAUGAGAUCGUUUGUCCAGCAAGGGAUUCGUUUGUUUUGCCCGAUGCUGCGCCUCGAAUCUCCAUGGAAGUAAAAAACAAGCUGAAAGAAUGGUUCGCCCCUCACAUGGCCUCAUUCGCGUUCAUGACGAAUGACACUUUCCCCUGGGCUUAUCUUCCUCAAGUUGCCCACAUAGACAUGCCAACUGGACAAGGAUGGGGAGAUCUCAACUGA